AUGGAGUCGCUACGAUCACGACCGUCUCAGGCACCUCGGAAAGCGCAACGCACUCCCACUAAACUCUCCAAGCAAGGUCCUGGUCCCGCACCGCGCGACCGAAACAAGACCCGCAUCGAUGACAAAAUUAAGAAGCGCAUGUCCAUGCGAUACGCUGACAUAUCGAGUCCGACAGAGCUGACAGGUCUGCCCGCGAUGCCAAGUCUCGCGGGGAUGACGUCGCCACCUGUGCGUGGAAUGAUGGGAGAAGGAGAAGAGGAUGUGCGAGAUCGAACGGGGUCGAAGGACGAGGCCAAGGUCGCAGUGAAUGAUAAGAAAUUAUUGAGUGCUGAGGAUUUUGAUCCUGAUGCUUUUCUGAAGCUGAAACUUGCAAACUCGACGGAAGCUGAGCUGAAAUUACUCCAAUCAUCGUUGCAUAAAGCAAAAGAUGAUACCGCUUCUGAGCUGCAGCGGAGUGUCUUCAAAAAUUAUGCGGAAUUCGUCCUGAUCUCGAAAGAGAUAUCAGUCCUGGAAAACGAGAUGCUUGAGCUAAAGGAGCUUCUAUCAGACUACAAAUCAAUGCCGUCAAUGUUACACAUACCCGACCCAACCGCCAUCUCCUCAUCCUCUCUAUCUACAUACAAACGCUCCUCCGUCGCCGAUCUUCGUGUACUCUACUUCAACCAAAUGCAAGCCAUCCACGCUUCAAUUGAGGGCGCAGCCAAAUUUGUCCCUACGACGCCUGGCAGACAUGUCGUUGGUGAAAUGGAGGGCGUACUCAGUCUUAACGCAGCCACAUACAAGAUCAUCAAUAAGGUGAAGUUCGUCGUGUUGAAUGACGCAGUGUUGGUGGCUAAGAGAAGGAGACGGAAUGUCGGAGGAAGAGAAGGCACUGGAUCCACGGUAAAUGAGGGAAAGCUUGUCGCGGAAAGAUGCUGGGCUUUGAAUGAAAUGUUGGUUCUGGAUACCAAAGAUUCUGCAAGCAUGACGAAUGUCUUCAAAAUAAGACAUGGGAAGGAGACCCAUGUUUAUCGAACGGAUACUCCGCAGGAGAAGAAGAGUUUAUUGUCUCAAUUCCGUCAAGUAGCCGAAGAGCUCUCGGCGAAGCGUCGCAAAGAGAGGGAGGGAGAACACGAACGGAGGAAGAGCAUGUGGCAGGGCGGUGGUGGUGAUCGCAGUACAACAAUACCUCCAAUGCCAGAGUGGAUGGCUGACCUUGCGAAAAAAGGUGGUGAAAUUCCAGGAUCCGGAAACGAUGCCAAGGAAAAGGCGGAGCGGGAUGCACGGUUUGUCGGGGAUUGGUCUGACGAUCUGACUGUUGCUAUUGCUCUGAAAGAGUGGCCCAAAGCUGUCGAUCUUGUUGAACAAGGACAAGCCAAACUCUCAACUAUUCCUCUGCUCGCGUCCAAACUACCGGCUCUCACGAAUCAGCUGACCACAUCACUGCUGGCGUCCCUCUCCUUGAUGUCGAACCGAAAGUCUAGUGUCGUGCUCCUGAUCUCCCUACUCAAUCGGCUGAAAGCUGGUGCCCCUGCUCGGAGUACGUUCCUUGAAAUGCGUAGCAAGGUGAUUCGGGGACACGUGCGCAAGAUACGAUUUGAGGGCCACAUCGGGUCGUACAUUGGCGAUCUUGCCACUGUUUACUUUACAGGAAUCAAACAUACGGCGGACUGGUACCUGGCAAGCUUCAAGGAGAAUGAGGUGGCAAGUUCCUUUAUAACAUGGGCCAAAGAGGGAAUUCAGAGCUAUGCCGAAACGUUCAGGAAACAGGUUUACUCCAAAGACGUCGACCCCAAGGUUGUGGAGGAUGCUAUUCAGAUCACUCAUACGCAGAGCAAGAAGCUACUUCAAGAAUAUGGUCUCGACUUUCGAUAUCUACUCGACGAACUUCUCGUCCAACAUCCAAAGGAAGCUGUCAAAGCUACUGCUGCAUUCUCUCUUGACGGUCAUCGCACAUCAAAGCCCGCCAUCCAAUCAUCCCCGCCUAUCUCUGAGCCAGUCGAACAGCCACCUCCCUCCUUGCAACUACCACCCGCGCCUACACCUCCUACGUUAUUAGAUCCACCUAUCCGACGUCGCCGGUCACCCGUACCCUCUUCACAUUCCAGCAGCACCUCGUCCCUCCCACAUUUCAUAGGCACCGGAGAGUCGCUGCAUCCCCCAGGAACACCCAACACCCUGAUCUCGAACUUGGGGCUGCGCAAUGCUAGCAGCCCUAGCUCCUAUUCCAACGGGGCCCCACUGAAUAACACUGCGCGUCCGGCAGUGUACCCAGGAGGCUUGGUAAACCGUAGUCGCACCCCGUCAGUUACACAACAAUGGCAGGGAGGACCCCCACCCACCUCUGCGCCCAUCCCUGAUCUUCCGCUGACCUCUCCCGUGGCGAGACGACCUCGGUCUCCGCCUUUGAGUGCUAACCCGUUCCGUGCUGGUACUGUUGGUGGUGGUGGUGUGAAAGAACGAGUUGAUAGAGACAGACCGCCCAGGUCUGUGAGGGGUAGUCCUGUCCCUUAUAAUCAAGGAUCGCUCCCCCCAAGGUCUAUCAACCGACCUGGGAGCGCGACGGGCCACCGGUUACCGCCUGUUGCUGUUCCGCAGAGGGAAGGAAUGAUUUAGGGAGGAUUCAGCAUGAAUAACAGUCAAACGUUGAACUACUGAAGCCAAAGUGCAAGGCAGACUUUAGCAUGGUCACUUCAAGUGCGCUGGACGUCGCAUCCAAAGACCGGGGUAUUUUCAUUUCAAACAUGCUACAGGGGCAGUUUGUACUUGAAGUACAAUAAGCGUCAUAGUGUACAAUACUUGGUGAUUUCAAAAGCUCGAAAAAGG